AUGGAUCUUGAGACAAUGCUCAAAUAUGCCUCACAACCAAUGCAUUUACAAGAAAGUUGCUUGCAACCUAGUAUGAAAGAUAUGCUUGCUUUUGGGAAUCCUUCAUCAUCACAAGGAUUCUUGCAAGAUUUUCACCAAAUUGAUCAAUUUCAUGUGAAUGAAUCCUCAUCCAAUCCAAUCCAAACUCCAAAUUUUGAUGCUUUGGACAAUUUCACCUUUAAGAGUAGUUCAUCAUUUGAUGUUUAUGAGUGCAAGCCUUUUGUGGAGAAUAGUGGCAACGCUCAUGUUAUGGACAAUUUCCUAUAUGGAAAUUAUAGUUUGAACCACCCUCCAAGGAAUCAACUAGAUAUAACAGUUGCAAAUCAAAGUUUUUUGCCUUUUAAUCCUCAAGAAACCAAGUUCUCAAAUUAUGUUGCACCGGAUGAAGUUUCGAGCAUAUCCCCAAUGAAUUAUUACAAAAGAGUUGGCGUGAACAAAAAUAAUAAAUCCUAUCCAACCAGAAGAACAUACAAAAUUCGCAAGAAGUCCAACAUAGUAAAGGGGCAAUGGACAAUAGAAGAAGAUGGGUUGUUGAUUCAACUGGUAGAACAAUAUGGACUAAGGAAGUGGUCUCAUAUUGCUAAGGUUUUGCCUGGAAGAAUAGGAAAACAAUGUAGAGAGAGAUGGCAUAACCAUCUGAGGCCUGACAUCAAGAAGGACACAUGGAGUGAUGAAGAGGACAAAAUACUAAUCCAAGCUCAUGCAGAGGUAGGAAACAAAUGGGCAGAGAUUGCCAAAAGGUUGCCAGGAAGAACUGAGAACUCAAUCAAGAACCAUUGGAAUGCAACCAAGAGAAGGCAAUACUCCAAAAGAAAGUGUCGUUCAAAGUACCCUAGAGGCACUCUUCUGCAAGACUAUAUCAAGAGCUUGAACUUGGACAAGAACCCUCCAAUAGACUAUAGGAGAAAAUCUUCUGUCAAUUAUGCCAAAGCCAUGAAAAGCAAAACCACCACAAGCAAAGCCACUGCACCACCUUUGCCCCAGGCAGCAUAUCAGUUUUGUGCCACUGAUAAUAGCAUGCCACCAAACUAUGAUUUUAAUAAUGUGGUCCCUGAUUGUUUCUUUGGGGAGAAUUUUUUUGAAGAGGGAUAUAGUAUUGAUUCUCUUCUAGAUGAUGUGCCCCGUGCUCUUCCUAUGGAUAAGAAAAUGCAAUGUGAUCCUAUAAUAUUGGAGGCAAAACAUUAUGAUCAUGUUGUUAAUAUCGAUGAGAAUAAUAAUCAUGUUGAGUCAGAGGUGCCACUAGAGAUGUUGGAGGUUGAAGUUAAGAAGGAGCUGGAUUUGGUUGAGAUGAUGUUUCAGAUUAAUAAUGAAGUUGUUCAUGUGUGA